CCUUCAUCGCUUUCGGCGCCUCCCGAUUGGCUGGCGACGGCGAGUCCGAGGCUUCGCUGAGAACUUGGGCGCGAGGGAGAAGACCUUGGCAUGAACAGAAUUCGCAUCCAUGUUUUGCCUUCAAGUCGGGGGCGACUCACCCCCGUACCAAGGCAGCAAGAAGCCUUGUCCUGUGCCUUUGCUCACCGGCCAUGCUCCCAGCCCCGUUUGGAGGGACAUGACUUCUGCAUUAAACACAUCCUUGAAGACAGGAAUGCACCCUUCAAGCAGUGUAGCUACAUUUCCACGAAGAAUGGGAAGCGAUGCCCUAAUGCAGCUCCAAAGCCUGAGAAGAAGGAUGGUAUUUCUUUCUGUGCUGAACAUGCCCGCAGAAAUGCUCUGGCGCUGCAGGCACAGAUGAAGAAAUCCAAUCCUAGUCCUGUACGAGAGUCUCUCCUCUGUCAGUUGAGCUCCUAUGCCAAGACUGAUUUAGGCUCCCAGACUGCUGAAGCUAGCCGUAGUGAAGCUAGCAGGAUUUUGGAUGAGGACAGCUGGAGUGAUGGAGAGCAGGAGCCUCUUACUGUGGAUCAAACAUGGAGAGGAGAUCCCGACAGUGAAGCUGAUAGCAUUGACAGUGACCAGGAGGACCCCCUAAAACAUGCUGGUGUGUACACUGCUGAGGAAGUGGCGCUGAUCAUGCGAGAGAAACUGAUCCGGUUGCAGUCUCUGUAUAUUGAUCAGUUCAAACGCCUUCAACACCUCCUGAAAGAGAAGAAACGCCGGUACUUGCACAGUCGCAAAGUGGAACAUGAAACUAUAGGUAGCAGCCUCCUGACAGGCCCAGAGGGACUUCUGGCUAAAGAGCGUGAAAACCUGAAGCGGCUGAAAUAUUUGAGACGAUACCGACAGCGCUAUGGUGUGGAGGCUCUUCUGCACCGGCAGCUGAAGGAACGCAGAAUGCUGGCCACUGAGGGCGCUGCCCAGCAGGCACACACAACCCGUUCCAGUCAGAGGUGUUUGGCUUUUGUGGAUGAUGUCCGAUGUUCCAACCAGUCCCUACCCAUGACAAGACACUGCCUUACUCAUAUUUGCCAGGACAACAAUCAGCUUCUCUUUAAGCUGUGCCAAGGGUCAGAAGAAGCCUCCUGCAGCAAGCCAGUGCCUGUAAGCCUCUCUGAAGAUCCCUGCUGCCCACUCCAUCUCCAGCUACCCCCUCAGAUGUAUGUUCCUGAACAGGUACUAUCUGUUCCUGAGGAGCUGGAAGCUACUUCUACGGACUUGUACUUGAGUGCAGCUGAACUCCGGCCCACAGAGUCCUUGCCACUGGAGUUUAGUGAUGAUUUGGAUGUUGUUGGGGAUGGGAUGCAGUGUCCCCCUUCUCCACUGCUUUCUGAUCCUUCUACAGCCCUCGAGAACCAGUUGAACAAAAAUGCGGAAGUUCCUGUAAAUCUACCUUCAGAUGAAGAGUCUAUUCAGCGUGGAUUUCUGAACCAGGCAGAACAGUCAGGCAGGGGAGACUUUUCUGGACAAACUGCAUCUCCCAUUACGGAGUCACAACAAGAGCUUCUAUUACAGAAUAUUCAGUAUCUAGUGACAAGUGUGACUGAACUGGAGGAGGGUAAAAAAGAAGAGCCUGCAACCAAUGGAAAUUCAGACCCAGUCUCCAUCAGCUGAUAGAAUUCUCAGAUGGGUGGAAACCUACCUAGAUGAUGGAAGUAUCUGCUUCUCUGGAACUUGUCCUAGUUCUUUGUUUUUAAAGGUCCCUAUUAUAUCUCACCAGAUCAGGAAGAUGUCUGUCUGGGAGACAAGUGUGGCAAGCAGGUUUUGGAUGGUUUUCCAUUGGUCAACCUCAGCUGUUCUUUUGUAACUGCCGUUUAUGUUAGAGAGCUUAUCUGAUGUAAAUGCAGAGAGCACGAGAAAGUGUUUCAUGAGUACAUGCACUGGGAGGCUAUAUCUAGUUUAUAUUCAUCGUAGCAAUGAUAGUCUCUGAAGAGGAAAUUGCUUGGAGUAAUUUCUAUAGUUGCAUUUAUUGAGAGUAUGUUUAAAGUCAUGAAGUUGUUCUAGGUAAAAGAGGAGCUUAUUAGCCAUACUAUACAUUAGCCUGCUAAUGUGCACCUGUGCAAAGCCUGCUUGGCUGUAUUUUCUCUGGCACUGAAGUCUACAGAUUCCUACUUUUAGCUUUAACUUGUGUAUAAAUCUCAUGUAGUAUAAAAAUAAAAAUGCACUGGAUAAAAGUUUA